UUCAGACAGGGUAGGUUAAUUGUUUCCACUAAAUGCGCCAGGGCGGCUAUAUCAUUGGAACAAUGCUUUAAUGUAAGAUUUGAUAUUACAGUACAUGUACCUCCUGAUUAUUUCAGUUGCAGGUAAAUGAUGUUUCCUAACACAACUACAGAGCCAGCUCAUACUGAAGCCAGCAUCAGAUACAAUCAAAGCUCAUUACAAACUGUGAACGCCACUGAGCGGAAUGGAAGAAUCCACCUCCUCACACCAAUAGAUCCAGUUGCCAAACAUUGCAUUUUCAUUUCAAUGGCAGUUGUGUGUGUUCUUGGGUUUUUUGGAAAUGUUCUUGUCGCCUUUCAUUUGAAAGAGACGGACAACAAAUGGCGAUUUCGUCGUAACGUAAAUUUUACUUUAUUCUCAACACGUCUCAACUACUACCUCAGUAGUUUGGUCAUCUCUGAUAUUUCAUGUCCCCUUGUAACACUUCCCUUGUGUUACCUGCAAUUGUUCACUAAUGUAUUUCAAAAGGACUGGCAUUGUAAAAUAGAAAGAGUUUUAUAUUUUGUGUUUCCCUGUGUAACUAUAAACAACUUGCUCGUUAUAGCUGUCGAAAGGCUUUUCGCCUCGUGGGAGAUUAGUCGACGAUUCUCCUUUUCCACAGUGAAAAGAUUGAUAGCCUUUGCCUGGCUUUCAGCUUUUCUUAUAACUUUGCUUCCAGUAGCUAACUUCAAAAUUGUGCAAUAUGACCUGAACGCUACUCAUUUCACAACGACGUGUAGAUUUGACAACUCCGUGUUCACUUCAAGAGUGGCCAUGCUUAGCUUCACUAUACUGGAGUUCAUUUUGCCAAGUGUCGUGUUGAUAUUUUGUAAUAUCUGUGUGAUGAAACAAGCCUGGCAAAAGUUGCAGUUUGUCAGGCGGUCGCUUAGCAAUAGCCGCCAUAAACGUGAAAGCAUUUUAAUGAGUAAGGGGAUUUUUAUGCUUGUUGCCAUAACGUUCGCUUUUAUAAUUCCAUAUUUUCUAAGUUUUACCUAUAUUAUGUUUAAUUCAAUUGCAAAACCAACCAUUAGUUAUCAAACGGAUUAUAUCAUUCGCAAUUCAGGUGGAAUACUCGUAACAGCUAACACCGCUGUCAACGUUUUAAUUUAUACGUUACAAUUGUCACAGUUCCGCGCUAGGUUAAAGAGAAUGGUUCGUAAAUUGUUCUUGUGCAAGUUGUCUUCGGCGGAAAAAGUCGAAUCUAAAGCAGAGGAGGAUAUUAUUCCACAUAAAAAUAUCGAGGAAAGGAAUGCAAACCUAGUAAAUAACAGCAACAUUGAGGAAGUUGAAGAUAAACAGUUAAGGAACGAAACUGACCGAGGCAAAGCCCCAUGUGUAGAACAGAAUGAAAUGCAAGAACUUAGAGCACCAACCUUGAAACGAACUGAAAACAAUUUUGCUAAUGAAGUGAACGAGGAGCAAGUUGCUGUAAAUAAGAAAGAGAAAACGGGUUGUCGAACGUUAAUAGAGGUUGAUGUACACUGACAUUGAGUAGACAUGCAGUGAAUAUUAAAAGAACAUUUUGUCCUUGGAUACAAUGAUGUAGACCGUGUUUUUAUUUUGGAUUUUUGUUCAGAGCAAAAUACUGGUAACUUCUCACGCAAAGAUUUUUUUUGUUUCUUGUCAAAUUGGUGAAAAUCAGUACAUCGGCACUGGGGAAACAUAAUAUAAUUCACCUAUUAUACAAGAGAAAUCCAACAGCCGAAAUUGUCUGUGGUGUGGAACAUAUAUUUAGUAAUGUAUGUAGAUUUAUAAGUGCGCCCAUCCCUAAAAUAAAGCAGAAAACAAGUAUGGUAUAUAUUCAAAUCAGUUUUACUGAUUUAAAUAUUGAAACUUUAUUAUAACAAAAAUUUAAAACGUUAUUUAAAAGAAACUGUCCUGAUUUACGGUGGUGGCAGUGGCGCCAAUAAUUAUCUUAUUUCUAUUUAUCAAAAUUCUUAUGUAGCGAAACAAGUUUCUUUACUACUGACCCGAAAAAAACAAGGUGAGAGGGGGAGGGGAAAGGGGUAAUAUCGAAACGUUUCCUUCACGAUACACGUGAAAUAGAAACUGAAUGAACAUAUAAUGCCAGGAUUUUUCGGUUGAAACGGGAAGCACAGCUAGUUUAAGAUGGUGAGGACAAAAGCGCGAAUGACUAAGUAAGUGGCUGCGCUUGUGGUGGGAAGCUCAUAGUGGGAAUAUCAAUGAGACUUUUUCAUGGGGUUCUGAUUGUUUUAAGAGCCAGCUGUUUAGAACCACGCUGGAGAUGUGACAGAAAUUGCUUUUGCCCAAAUAUGAAGAAGAGGAUCGCAGGCAUCCUUGUUAAAAGAGAGAAGGCCGCUCGAAAAAAAAUCAGUCAAAAAGCAAACAAAGACAAGAAAGACAAAUCGGCGCUCUUUUCUGCCAAAAUAUACAAAACGUCUUUACCGACACACGAGAAGUUUUGACGAUAUCUGUGUGAUAGAAACCGAAUAAGGAUUUAACGCUAGAACCAGAAAUCUCCAGUUUUAUACGGGUAAUUAUUGAUGUUACUGACAAAAGCAACCACGGCUGCGCCUGGGGUGGGAAGCUCCGUAGUGGGAAUAUCAAUCAGCCAUUUUCAUGGUAAUCAAUUUUUUUUUUUUACUGCAAGCAGUAAAGAAACAGCCAGCUGUUUAAAACCACGCUGGGGAUAGGACAGAAUUGUUUUUGCACGAGCUCAAUGUAACGACAUCUCGGGUUAUGUGUCUGGUAAAAUAUACGAACUUCUUGACGUUAUCUUGCUCACUUGAUACAGAUAUAUAUCUUC